AUGAAACCAACAACAACCCUCCUCCUCACCGGUCUCCUUGCCCUCGCCACCGGCACCCUCGCCGACAAAACCUGCACCCCGAGUUUCGAUUACUGCGCCAAUAAGCUGUUGAGCUCGAAGGGAUUCACGGAGAAUGACCUCAAGACGGCACUGCAGGGGACCGGGCUGGAGAAUGACGAUCUAGCGGAUAUCUUGUUUCAUUGCAAGAAUCCGGGGGAUGUGGGGCAUGCGCAGCUUUGUGUGGGGGGUUGUAAGGAUCCGGCGACGGAGGGGAGUCAUGGGUGUUCUGGUUAG